CCAUUUCUCAUUUGUAAAGAAAAAAGGUCAUGGACUAAUAAUAAUGACAGCUGCUCAGCCAACUAUGGAGCCCCUCAUGUGACUUGUUACGCUAAUCCUUACCCCACCAUCCCACCUACCCGUUCUGGAGACUCUGUUUGCUCAGCUUAUUUACUCAAUUUUCCCUCCAUCCUAACCCAUCCAUUACACCUCCUACUUCUUUGAACCCUAAUUCAAAAAUGGCCGACAUCUCUAACUUCCUCGAAGCCUGGAACAAGCCCGAAGAGGCCAAGCUGUUGAAGACCGCGUUCGACGCCGCCGGUGAUAUCGUGCAAGGCCUGACGCAGAAGCCUAGCGAUAACGAGCUCCUCUCGAUCUACGCCUACUUCAAGCAGGGAAACGAGGAUACUCCCAAGCAGCCCGGUCUGUUCGACAUCAAGGGCAAAUACAAGUACUCCGCAUGGGAGAAGAUCAAAGAUAUCAGUGCCGAGAAGGCGCAGGCCGAAUACAUCAAGCUCGCGGACUCCCUCCUCGCCCAGUACAAAUAGAUUUAUGAUAAGAAUUUAAACUUGACUUGAUAAAGAGAUUAUGGAUUGGUA